AUGAUCGAGCUUUUUGCAAUCUUCACGAAGGGAGGGUUUGGAUUAUGGGCGUUCCAGGAGGGAGCAGACCGUUUUGUAGAGGCAAUCAAUGCUUUCAUCAAAGACGUCCUCAUCCAAGAACGCGCAGUAACUCAUUUCAAAUACAAUGACGUUACCAUCAAAUUUAUUCUAGACAACGAAUUUGAGCUGGUGUUUGUAGUUAUUUACCAGUCUGCAAUUCAGUUGUCUUACACGGAUAAGCUUCUCACAGAUGUUCGUCAGCGGUUUCGCGACAUGUACAAGAAUGUGCUUUUAAACAAGCAAGUGCUUUAUCAGUAUGGACAAGAGUAUUUUCGUCAUUUCGAGAACGAAUUCGUCAACAUCCGUGAUGAUCUGAUGAGAAUGAACGUUAGGUCGACUGCUCUUCCGAAGAAACCUAGAACGUUCCAAGAAAGUGCGAAAUCACAGAAAACCAUAGAGUCUAUUAUUGUUAGUCGUCCUGGAGAGGAGAAGAAGCAGAAAAAGGUUGAGCCAUCAAAAAAGAUCAUAAAAGAGGAGACUACCAUAGUUUCCACGGAUUCGGGCAGCGAUGUAGGCUCUACUCCUGGUUCGCCAACCGAUGACAUUGUCAAAAGGAGAGAGCAGUUCUUGCGUAAGAUGAAUGCGAAUCCCAAAAAGGCUGCUCCGAAGACACCAGACACUGAGACAAAGAAGAAAGGAAAACAAGCGCGUGUGUGGGAGCUGUCUGGCGAUACGAAGAAUGCCACUAAUCUUGACUACUCUGGUGACAAAGACAAGUCGCAAGCGAAUGGUCGUGAUGAGGAAGAUUUGGCGUUUAUUAGUGAGCAACGUAAAUUCGUUGGUAAAUCUGCUGAACUGCAAGGGUUUUCUGAUGAAGAAAGUGACGGCGAAGAAGAAAUUGUGGCCACUAAAGCCAGCGGUGGAUGGUUUGGUGCAUUCAAGAAUUUAGUCGGUAACAAAAAGCUUACAGCUGAGGACAUACAGCCAGUCCUUGAGACGAUGAGGGAGAAUCUGAUUCUGAAGAAUGUGGCCGCGGAGCCAGCAGAUAAGAUCUGUCAGUCCGUCGAACGAAAGUUGGAAGGCAAGGUUGUUAGUACCUUUAGCCGAGUCAGCUCUGAAGUGAAGGAAGCUGUCAGGGAGUCUCUCACUCAGCUGCUUACUCCGAAACGUCGUGUUGACAUCUUGCGUGACAUUGCGGAGGCAAAACACGAAGGACGUCCAUAUGUGGUCGUGUUUUGUGAAUCACUUUCGAGUCCUUAUCGCUGCGGGAGAUACUUUUCGUGCUGGUGCUGUUGA